AUGGAAAGAUUACAAAGAUUGUUAGGAUCAGGUGGUGGACUAGGAGGAGCACCACCUCCAACAGAUGGACCAGCAAUUGAUAAUGCUGAAACAGUACAUAUAUCGUCAUUGGCGUUGUUGAAGAUGUUGAAGCAUGGACGUGCUGGGGUUCCAAUGGAAGUGAUGGGGUUGAUGUUAGGAGAGUUUGUUGAUGACUUUACGAUCCACGUUAUCGAUGUAUUUGCCAUGCCUCAAUCUGGUACAGGGGUAUCUGUUGAAGCAGUGGAUGACGUUUUCCAGACUAAAAUGAUGGAUAUGUUGAGACAAACAGGUAGAGAUCAAAUGGUGGUCGGAUGGUACCAUUCACAUCCAGGGUUUGGUUGUUGGUUAUCAUCUGUCGAUGUGAACACACAACAAUCGUUCGAGCAGUUGAAUAAGAGAGCUGUGGCAGUUGUGGUGGAUCCAAUCCAGUCUGUCAAGGGUAAGGUUGUCAUUGAUGCCUUCAGAACCAUUGACACCACCACGUUGAUGAUGGGCCAAGAACCCCGUCAAACUACUUCUAACGUGGGGCAUUUAAACAAGCCUUCCAUUCAAGCAUUAAUCCAUGGGUUGAACCGUCACUACUACUCAUUGAAUAUCGAUUAUCACAAAACUUCCUAUGAGACCAACAUGCUCUUAAACUUGCACAAGAAAAACUGGCAAUCUGGUUUGAAAAUGGUCGACUAUAACCAUAAGGAACAUGAGAACUUAGAGAAUACUGAAACGAUGGUCAAGAUUGCAGAAUUAUACAACCAGAGAGUAAAAGAAGAACAGGAAUUGCUGGAAGAACAAUUGAAGACAAGAUACGUCGGUAAACAAGAUCCAAAGAAGCACUUAUCUGAUACCGCUGAAGCAUCUAUCGAAGAAAAUGUUACUUCAUUAUUAACAGGAAAUAUUAAUAGUUUAGCUAUUCAUUAG